CCUAAUUCACCCUAACCCUAAUGUCAUUUUCAAUUUCGGCCUCUCUCUCUCUCUCCUCUCCUCUCCGCAGAAGGGGCCGUUCAGUCUCAUCUCCGCUUACCCUUGCGAGUCUCCGCCGUGCUCUCCCUUAGCUCGGAAUCUGCCGUGCUUCUCUCUGAGCUUCCCUCCGCCUUGCUCUCCCUUUCAUACUGUCAAAUUAUCUCCGUCGUCGCGGUUUAGCAAAAGAUGGAUGAUAGCUUGUAUGACGAGUUUGGUAACUACAUCGGCCCUGAGAUCGAGUCUGACAGGGAGAGUGACGAAGAAAUAGAAGACGAAGAGCUCCCAGACAAGGCAGCAGAGGAGGAUGGAUCAGAUGGCGAACAUGAUCGUGGAGCUGCUAAUGGCUGGAUUACGACAAUCAAUGAUGUUGAUAUGGAGAAUCAGGUGGUCCUUCCCGAGGAUAAAAAGUACUACCCGACCGCAGAAGAGGUUUAUGGUGAAGAUGUCGAGACAUUGGUUAUGGAUGAAGAUGAACAGUCUCUUGAGCUACCCAUUAUCAAACCGGUCAGAGACAUUAAAUUUGAGAUCGGGGUUAAGGAUUCGUCUACUUAUGUGUCGACACAGUUUCUUAUUGGCCUCAUGUCAAAUCCUGCACUUGUGAGGAAUGUUGCUCUUGUGGGGCACCUUCAGCAUGGGAAAACUCUCUUUAUGGAUAUGCUGGUGGAGCAAACACACCAUAUGUCUACCUUUGAUGUGAAAAACGAGAAGCACAUGAAAUAUACAGACACAAGAGUUGAUGAACAGGAGAGAAAUAUAUCGAUUAAGGCGAUUCCCAUGUCCCUUGUCCUUGAAGACAGCAGAUCCAAAUCAUACCUGUGUAAUAUCAUGGACGCCCCAGGACAUGUCAAUUUUUCUGAUGAAAUGACUGCUGCUUUAAGACUUUCUGAUGGUGCUGUUUUGAUCGUCGAUGCUGCUGAAGGAGUGAUGGUAAACACAGAGAGGGCUAUUCGCCAUGCGAUCCAGGAGCGUCUUCCUAUUGUUGUUGUUUUGAACAAGGUUGACAGGCUCAUAACUGAGCUCAAACUACCUCCAAGGGAUGCUUACUACAAGCUAAGGCAUACAAUUGAAGUCAUUAAUAACCACAUAACUGCUGCUUCAACUACUGCUGGAAAUUUACAGCUUAUAGACCCAGCGGCUGGAAAUGUUUGUUUUGCUAGUGCUACUGCUGGAUGGUCCUUCACAUUGCAAUCUUUUGCUAAAUUGUAUGCUAAGAUUCAUGGGGUACAGAUGGAUACGGAUAAGUUUUCAUCCCGUCUUUGGGGAGAUAUGUAUUUUCACCCGGAUAGGAGGGUGUUCAAGAGGAAUCCUCCAGCUGGUGGUGGAGAAAGGUCAUUCGUUCAGUUUAUUCUUGAGCCACUGUACAAAAUAUAUAGUCAAGUGAUUGGUGAACAUAAGAAGAGUGUGGAGACCACCCUUGCAGAAUUAGGAGUCACUCUCAGUAAUACUGCUUAUAAGCUGAAUGUUCGGCCAUUACUUAGGUUAGCCUGUAGCUCGGUUUUUGGAUCUGCAUCGGGUUUCACUGAUAUGCUGGUAAAGCAUAUUCCUUCCCCCAAAGAAGCUGCAGCUAGGAAGGUUGAACAUAUAUACACGGGGCCCAAGGAUUCUUCCACAUAUGAUUCGAUGGUAGAAUGCGAUCCUGAUGGACCUCUCAUGGUGAACGUGACUAAAUUGUACCCGAAAUCAGAUUGUAGCGUCUUUGAUGCUUUUGGUAGGGUUUAUAGUGGUAAGAUUCAAACAGGGCAAAGUGUCCGUGUACUGGGAGAAGGGUAUUCGCCUGAGGAUGAGGAAGAUAUGACUGUAAAGGAAGUGACCAAGUUAUGGAUCUACCAAGCCCGGUACAGGAUACCUAUAAGCAGUGCGCCUCCUGGUUCUUGGGUUCUCAUUGAAGGUGUUGAUGCAUCCAUCAUGAAGACUGCCACAUUGUGUAAUGAAAACUACGACGAAGAUAUCUACAUAUUCCGCCCACUUCAGUUCAAUACACUCCCUGUAGUGAAGACGGCCACAGAGCCUUUGAAUCCUAGUGAGUUGCCUAAAAUGGUGGAGGGACUUAGGAAAAUCAGCAAGAGCUAUCCUCUUGCUAUUACCAAGGUUGAAGAAUCGGGGGAGCACACUAUUCUAGGCACAGGUGAGCUGUACUUGGAUUCUAUCAUGAAGGACCUGAGAGAGCUUUAUUCAGAAGUUGAAGUAAAGGUUGCAGAUCCAGUGGUCUCAUUCUGUGAGACAGUGGUUGAAUCUUCAUCAAUGAAGUGUUUUGCUGAGACACCAAACAAGAAGAACAAAAUAACUAUGAUUGCGGAGCCACUGGAUAGAGGACUUGCAGAGGACAUUGAGAAUGGUGUUGUAAGCAUUGAUUGGAACAGAAAACAACUAGGUGACUUCUUUAAGACAAAGUAUGACUGGGAUUUACUUGCAGCACGUUCCAUUUGGGCAUUUGGCCCUGACAAGCAGGGGCCUAAUAUCCUAUUGGAUGACACCCUACCAACUGAGGUUGACAAAAAUUUGUUGAAUGCAGUCAAGGAUUCGAUUGUUCAAGGGUUUCAGUGGGGUGCAAGAGAAGGACCUCUUUGUGACGAGCCUAUCAGAAAUGUUAAGUUCAAGAUAGUUGAUGCAAGGAUUGCUCCUGAGCCGCUGCAUCGGGGAUCUGGUCAAAUCAUUCCCACUGCACGUCGUGUGGCAUAUUCAGGUUUUCUUAUGGCAACUCCCAGGCUAAUGGAGCCCGUGUAUUAUGUAGAGAUUCAAACUCCGAUUGACUGUGUAACUGCAAUCUACACGGUACUGUCACGUAGACGUGGGCAUGUUACUUCUGAUGUUCCUCAGCCGGGUACCCCUGCUUAUAUCGUGAAGGCUUUCCUACCCGUAAUAGAAUCAUUUGGGUUUGAGACGGAUCUGAGGUAUCACACACAGGGACAGGCCUUUUGCGUAUCGGUAUUUGACCAUUGGGCCAUAGUUCCAGGAGACCCUCUUGACAAGAGUAUCGUGUUACGCCCACUUGAACCUGCUCCUAUUCAGCAUCUCGCCCGUGAAUUCAUGGUGAAGACUCGACGUAGAAAGGGAAUGAGUGAAGAUGUGAGCAUCAACAAGUUCUUCGACGAGGCCAUGGUGGUGGAACUUGCCCAGCAGACGGCUGAUUUCCAAAUGAUCUGAUAAAAAAACACUUAGAAUCAAAUCUAAGUAGGUACCGCUUUUUCUUUUGUUGUUUACGACUCUUUACUUGUUUCUCUCAUGCCGUAUUGUGGAAAUCUCUCCGAAGUGUUAGGUUUGAGUUCAGAGACCUUUAGAAGAACGAGUUUUUAGACCGAGAUUUAUGCAGUAUGAAGUCUGUUUCCA